UACAGCACAGGGGCAGCAGGGUACAGCACAGAGGAGCAAAGCACAGCACAGGGGAGCAGGGCACUGAACAGAUCCCCCUAGAGACACCUUACAGCACCUUGUAGAGUCUAUGCCACGUUAUGUGAAGGCUGUGAUCAGAACUAACAGCAGCCGAGCCCCACAUGAGAUACACAUAACACUUUCAGACAGAGGUAGUUUCACAAUGACGCACGACUCGCAGGCUGAAAGUGGAGACUGUACCUCGAAAGAUGCAUCUGUGCUGGCAAAAGUGAGACAGUUAAAAACAAAGGUUUCAUAUUGAUUCAGCACUAAGAAUACCCCUUUAGGACAGGAGAUGAGCUUUUACUGCCAGCUGGAACAGUUGGGAUUUUGCCUUUCAUGUCAGAUCCUUUGCCCGUUCAUUUUCCUGCACUAAGUUGCACUUGUUUUAUUUCAGCAUGUUUCAGGGGUAACUUUUAUGAGAGUUAGCAUCAUAGAGAUCAGCAGCAAUGGAUUAUAUGGUUUACAGAUUAGUUUCUAGCUGGAGGGGUGAAGAAGGGUUUGAAUAAUACACUACAAAAAUAAAAUGCACUUCUCAUGCCACUGAGUUUUUCAAUUCCUUUUCUUAUUUUAGGAGCCCCUACCCCCCCCGAACCAACCGACUCUCCCUCCGGUACAGGUCUCUUGCCGAUGCCCUCCCUCACAGUCCGAGGUGCGACGGGGGUGCUGGUGAGAGGGGCCAGCGUGUCUCUGGAGUGCAUGGCCCCUGCUUCCUUCCCGGGUGUUCAUUUCCAGCUGUACCACGGUGACUCUGCCAGCCCUGUGUCCUCUAGCCAAGCCCUGGCGACGCAGCACAGAGCCAGCUUCCCUCUGCCCAGCCUGGAGCCCUCGGACGCAGGCGAAUACCGCUGCCAGUAUCGCCUGCAGAUGAGCCAGCGCUGGAGGGAGUCGGAGCGCAGCCCGCCAGUGCAGCUCAUCCUCAAGGGUGCCACCUCUCCUGCUACCACCCCUCCCUCCCUCUCAGGUCCAAACUGGCCUCUGCUCGCUGGUUCCUUUUCCACAGCUGUCCUGUUUGCUGCGUUCCUGGCUGUCCUGGGCUUUGUGGUGUACCAGAGAGUAAAGUCUGCGAGGAAUAAAAAGCGGAGGGAUGACGCUCCCUACUGGAAUCAUUUCCACAAUGCUCGCGAUAUCCUCGAACUGUCUUUUAGCGAUCCCCGUCUAGAUCUGCAGGACGGGCGGCGGGGCUUGGGGGCAGACCUGCCUUUAAACACGCCGCCGGAGCCGGCUACCCAGGCCAGGAGAACAAGCAGCAGCCUUUCAGCGCCCGGAACACCGGUGCUCUCGACGUUUAAAAACCUACCCUUCUAAAAACAAACUAAUACAUGAACUGCGGCAUGGACUGCCAGUCACCUCGGAAACACAAGCAGGGUUACCGCAUGACCCCAUCCAGGUGCACUGGGACCGUCUGGGGCCGUUCAGGCUUUUCCACUCGCACCGCAGUGCAUUCUGGUAAGUGUAGUCCUGCUGCGGAAAGUGCCGAACUCCAAACUGUCGUCAGCGGAUCAGGUGGUUCUAGGGAAGGGGUCUCCACACCUGGUCCUGGGAGCCCUUCUCCAGCAGGGUUUAAAUGUGUCUUCACAGCAUCAGUGGAUAAAGAUCCGGAACACCUGUUCAUCUCGACUAAUGAAGCCAAUAACUGACUCAAUUAAGUAACUGAGAAAUUGGUUGAAACAAAAACCAGCAGCCACAGUAGCUCUCCAGGACCAGGGCUGGAGACCC